AUGGAAUCGUCUCAUGUCAGUUCCACACUGGAGUUGCUGUCUUCAAGCAAGCUGAAAGAGCGCAACAAGGGGUUGGAUGAACUGACAACACUUUUAAAACAAAGGCCUACAAUCUUUCAGGCUAAGCAUCUUAAUACAGCAAUUGAGAGUUUGAUAGGUAUACUUGAAAUUGAACGCGCCAAGUUUAUCAAAUUUCAAAGUGAAGAAUUGCAGAAUGCAACAAGCAAGACCGCAGCCGCUGAAAACCGUCUCACAGCGACUUCCUACGUUCUGCGCCUUUUAAUCGAGAAGACCAAUGACAGAAUGAGGGCCAAACAGAUGAGAUUCCUAGUUGUUAUGCUACCUGAGCUUAUGGUCAUUGAUGAUUCAUUGGAGCUUCUGAAACCUAUUUCCCAAAACAUUUUAUGUGCAUUAGAGACGCUAUUGUUGUCCGACAUCUUCCAGUUAAAAUUUGAACUACAUCAAUGGAUCUCAUUGGUAAAGAAAAUGAGUAAUUCGCUAUUGAAACACUUGGAUCAUGAAGUAAAUGAUAAAAAUGUUUCUCAACUUUUCAAAGUGUUGGUGUCCUUGAUUUCAAUUGAUACCAUAGGAAUUCAGGAUGUUGUAGUGGACAUGGUAGGGCCCAUCAUGAAAUAUUUGCGCAUAACGCAAGAAGAAAACUCAAAUACGAAAACGCUUCUACAACUCGUGAACAGAUUUGUCAUUAAGACCUACAUGACCGAAAGUAGCUGUUGUAUGAAAUUGAUAGAAGCUACGAUGGCACACUUGGUGUCUGUUCAAAACUUUACUGGAGAUGGUGUGGAGUACGAAAUAUCUAUCUUUACCAUAUUUCUCAGUAACAUUAUAAAUCACAAACUUCCUGUAAUGGUGGGAGCGUCGGACUCGCUCUUUGCAUGCGAUCCACGGUCUUUACUGCAAACUUAUCAAGACUUCCUUCUUGUGAAUCUUAAUUUUUACCGACCUGAAAAGCUUUCAUUAACCUUGUUUGAGUUUGGAAAUAUUGACAAUAGAGUUGAAUGGUAUGAAUUAGAUGACUUCCAGCUGUGUAAAAAUGCAGACCCUAAUCAUUGGCUGCAAAUUUAUGGUAUCACGAAAGGCGUUGUUGCUUACUAUGACUUACUAAGGAAAUGCAGUACUUUUGAAACAGAUCAGACCACCAAAAAGCGUAAAGUCGCAAUCUCUCUUGGCUCCAUUUUAAAAUCAGGACAUUCCCCAAUUGAAUUUUUAGAAGAUUGUGUUGCAAAUGAUAAGCCUUCUAUCCAGUUAUUUGGAUUGCAGUUUUCUGCGUUUUUUACAUCCUUAUCUGUGCUUGAUGCCGAAGUCAUUAAAAACCUUCGUAAAAUCAUCAUACAAAAGUUUGAAAGUGAUAUACUUAAGGGCUGGGCAUGCCUUGCAUCAGUUCCUUUAUACUCCAGAAGAUAUAAAGGUAUUCUUAUCAACGAUUUUUGUGAACGCCUUUUCAAACUAUGUUUGCCGCUAAUAAAGUCCACUGAGCUCAGCAAGGUUUCGUGUGCACUACUCACUACACUUCUGGAGUUGGAUGAAACAAGUUUGAUUACAGAUCAAUCGGUUGUACAUCAAAUAUAUGACGUUUAUGAGCUUUCGGAAGUAAAUGGGCCUAUUUUGGUAAAUAAUGAGGCCUUUUCCUUUUGGCAACAUCUUCAUGUUUAUGGGAAAUCUUAUCCUUCACAUUCGCGGGAGUCUGAAGGUCGCAGAAUAUUUUUAUGGCUUUUAUCAAAAUGGAGUCAGCUAGCUGAUCUCAAAUCUGAUCAAAAUGAACUGCACAACUUUGUUGCAUGGUUAAGCGGUAGUAACUCAGUUACUUCGGUGCGAAGUUCGUCAACAUAUUUCAAGCAUUUUGAUAAAGUCUAUUACCCUCAAUGGCAAAAGUGGCAAACAGAGAGAGAAUUCUUUUUGUUCCAAGAGGAAGUGGUUAAACCUUCAAGCGCAUUCAAAAGUGUGGAUCCAGUUACAACAGUUGAGCAAAAUAUGUUAUGCACCUUUUUGGACCAAAUUUGCAUCAUUCUUGAAGAUUCAGCCAUCAAUACUGAAACUCUCUCAAAAUGGGUCGGUGAAAGUAUUAGAAUUAUUGAUCAUCUUUACGGAAACACGAAUUUUGUGAAUCUCGUUGAAAACUUCAAAAACUCUGUGAAACUUGCGAUUGUGAAUCUGAAUUCCAUGGAGAUAAACUCAAUAUCGUCCUUUCCUUUUCAUGCAGUCGCGGAUUUGAAAGGUGUCAAGUAUGCUUCGUAUUCUCUCCUAUCAGAAUUCAACGUUCACUACUUAAUAACUGAAUUUAAGAAUAACUUUUUGAGCACUGAAUCAUCUUCCAAAUUGCACAGACUGGAUAACUUUGAAAGCUCUAGGAAAAAGAACGACGUAAAAGCAUUUUCUUUCAUCCCUGAUUUUUUGAGUAGAGGAUUCUGUGAAAAUCCGCUAAAAUCAACCACCGAAUUCAUUCUCAAUAUGAGUAUUUAUUCAAGUGAUCUGACCUUAGAUGACGGCAUAAAGACUCUACUUGACUUUUUGACAGGAAUGCCAACGGAGUAUAUACUGCCGACAGUUCCCCCAAUGGUUGAGCAUUUAGCCAACUCCAAAGAAGAAAUUUCUAUCACAACUUUGGAAAACUUGACACAUUUUUUGGGCUCCACUUUGCUUUCGUUAAAAUUCAAUAGUUCAAGCAUUUCUCUGAUUUCGCUAUCCAUGUUUUUGGAAUCUAUAAGAGAUUCUUGGUUAACAUCAGUAGGUUCUCUACUCAACACAGAUUGCAAUGACAUAUUUGAAUGGAUCGUUAGCAGAUUCGAAGAUAGUACAAUCACCUCGACAAGCUCUCUGCUAUGUUUAUCAGAAUUGAUGCUUCAAAUGUUAAAAAAAAAUGAUUUAUCUAAUGGCUCGGUAAAUGGUGGUAAGCAAAGAAUAUUUGGUAUAUUCAUUGGCUGUCUGACACGAUUGCCUGCCUAUAUGAUGAUAUCGAAAAUAAAGGAAAUGCAAGGUUAUAUAUUGAAGGUUAGUUUCAAGAAUCAAUUGAUUAUGUUCUCCGCCAUCACAGAACUAUUCAAGACGCCACAAGAAUCAAUCGAAAAUGCAGCCUUUUACACUUUCUCCUUAAUUCCAAUAAGUUCGAUCUCAUAUCCUCUUCUCGUUCAUUCUCUUCUUCACAUGUUUCAAUUUGUUUCUUAUCCUCAUGUGAGGUAUUAUAUCACUUAUGCUCUUCGUCUGAUCUCAUCACUCAAGAAUUUCGAGGAUUGUACGUCACUCUUUCGUCUUUGUCGUUUUGAUAUCAUAAAUUUUUGGUUUCAGGAAUACGAACGAAAUAAUUAUUAUGAUUUCGACUCAUGGGACGUUGCUUUGUUCGGCUUUGAAUCAAUUCAAAGUUUUGUUAUGGAGUUUCGACGUGAGAUCAGUGGAUUCAUUUUUUCUCUUGGCUAUCAAAAGUCGGAUAUGUUGGGAGCAUUGAUCAAAAUAACCAGUGCCCAACAUAAUGCUUUGCUUCAGGACUCAUUGCAUCUCGCGAUUCCCUUAUCAUACUUGAAAAGCGGGAUUGGAGAUCGAAUAUUUGAGACAUGCCUCGAGGUAUUGGGUAAAGGCUUUGAGAAGACAGUACGCGAGAUACCCUUGAAUUUGUUUUAUUGGUUUAUGAGAUUUGCAGAUUUUGGUUCUAUUCAGGAAAUGAGGAUUGUUUUGCAAAAACACUACCAUCAAUCCCCAAUAUCUUCGUCAUUGUUUAACUCGGAGCUUGAUAAACAUAAAUAUCAAUUUGAUCUGAGUAUUCCUUUCUCAAAGGUAUUGAGGACCUUAAAAACUCAUAUACGAGAGCAGUCUCUGCAUCGUGCUCACCUCAGAUUUUUCCUGACUAGAGAGAUGUUUGACCUCUCCUUGUCGACAAGUAUCGAAGAAACUGUGCGCAUUUUAAGAAGUAUUAAAUUGCUGUUGAUUUUAUUUCGUGAUUAUUUGAAUGAUUGUGAUUACUUGGUUUCUGUUGUUAAAACGCUGUCAAAGUUCAUAUCCAAGGAGAAUUUGAGAGAUGAGAUAUUUUCCAUCAUAUGUUUUCUGCUCGACAUAUAUCACGACUUUCAGUUCAAUGGCAUUGACAUGUUCCCUGCUAUAUUUGCACAUUUAUUUCUCAUCCAAGAUGUGCAUGAUUCUCUAGCUAGUGUUUCUUUGAGAGAAACACUUGUUGCAGUGGUUUCAGCUCAGUUAUCAAACCUUCAAUACUCCCAAACGUGGAGCUUUUGCAUUGACGCCUUGCAGGGUAGAAAGUCUGAAGAUGUUUAUUUGGCGGAUGAGCUGCUCGAUGACGAUAUCGUGGAUUCGAAUAGGUUGCUACUUCUUUCACAGUUGUUUAGCUUCCAGCCUAACCCUGAGCCCUUAAGUAUGACCUUUCACUUUUCCCAUAGGGUAGUAAGGAAUUUAAUUUGUACAGAAUUGUCAGACGAAAAGCUGUCGAAUAACUUUUAUUUAUGGAAAGGUUACUACGUUGGAUCUUUUUUCCUGAAAAAUGCCCACCUCCCUGAAUUACUUGACAGUAAGAAUGCAUGGUCAGACUUAGAAAACCUUUUGUGCGAUUGUGAUAAUUUCCAUGGUAUAAUUGAACUGCUUCACAAUUCGCUCCGCAAAUCACAAGAACCAAAGUUGACGUAUCUUUACGGAUCAGUAAUUGGCCUCUUAACGGGAGCAAGCACCGAUGAGCGUGGACAGCACGGUCACCAUUACGAAGACAAUUCUUCAAAAUUUGCUGCAAUUUCUCUGCAAGAUUUCGCGCUGUUUCAUGGGGAUUUGAGUCUAAAAGAGGGAUCAGAUGACUUUCUAAGAAGAAAGCACUUAUCAGAAAUCACUUACAAUGACUGGCUUUUGAGCUUAUUUUUCGCAUUAACCAUUGAUCUACAAAGCUUUGCACCCAUGGCAUUCGCCCUUCCGGUUGUGGCGAAAUAUGAUUUAGAGUUUGCUGAAAUCACUAUCUUACACAUGUUUCUUUAUUUACUAAGUCAUGAACCAAGAAUGGCCAGCAAACUAAUUACAAAUUUUCUUCAAAGUUUUGUGAACUUCGCCAAAUUAAAAGAUCUUAAAGACUUACACAAAAAGGCAAAUGUGCUGUUCAAGCUCUUCUUUUUAAUCAGGGCAGGAGCGAAGCGUAAAGUUACUCAAUUUGUCACAUUAUACUCUCGAUUGAAUCUUUUCGAGUUCUACCAACUUGCUAUGAAAAUAGGGCAAAUGGAGUUUUCUUUUAUGAUUUUCGAAGAACUUUAUCUAGGGAACGUCGAGCCAUUGAACUUCUCGUCUUUAUCUACUAUUUUCAGCGGCUUGCAUGAUGAUGAUUUGAGGAGUUCUCUUCCCACUGUAGCAUCUUUAUCCUUCGCCAUUAGCCAGGCAAAUAGAGCAGAGCCACGAUCAAUGAAGACGUUCAUGUUUAAUAAUGGACAAUACGAUGUUGAUACUCUGUUAAUCGGUAAGGCAGAUACUGAGAGUUUAUUAAAGUCCAUUAGCAUUAAUGGAUUUAAAGGUCUCGCAGAAGUUGUAGGGGACAAUACUGGUGCUCUCGAUGACUCGCGCAUGGAUGAAAUUUAUCAGUGGAGCAUUGAAUUGGGAAAGUGGGAUUUGCCCGCUCCUGGUCCAUGUGACUCUCGACCUAAAGCACUGUACUCACUGCUGAGAACCGUCGAACUCUACUUGAUAGAUGUACGAGAUGUAAUUGAAGAUACUCUCCCUCUGAUUGCUAGAAAGAGAAAGCACUUUUCAGAGCAUCCCGAGUGGGCAAGCGUUCUAUCUGAUAUCGCAACAUUAUCUUAUUUUGUUAAGUCUUUACGUGACUGUGAGCAGAGCACCCUUCUCUUGAGUUGUUUAAAGCUCUCUGAUAUUGCUUUCUUGAGAAAUAAUGACUUUCAAGACUAUCAAUUCACGAUGAAAGUCCGUCAAGUAUUUCUCAACCUAUUAGGAAAAGACAAUCGUUGUAUGGUGAGUCAACCGCUUGUUGCAUGUUGUGAAGUUUCAGAAUUGGCAAAAUAUUGCAGACUAUCCAGAGAAUGUGGAGCCACACAAGAAUCAAUUACAACUGCGAUGCUUUUAGACAGGGUGACAAAAAUGAGAGAGCAAGAGAUUCUGGGGAAACCCUGUAGACGAGUGGCCGUAUUCGAAGCAGCUCAAGUUCUAUGGGAACAGAAGGAAAACGCUGUCGCAAUAUCCAUGUUGAAGUCGCUGUUGCAACAGAUCGGCGAAGAAGACGAAAUCAGUGUUGAAUUACAACCAAUGAAUAAGUUUCUAGAGGUCUCGGAUGUAAAAAUCAAGUCUCUUUUGGUGCAAUGGAUUUCAGCUUCGAGACAAGAAACUGCAGAAUCCAUUUAUAAAAACUAUAUUGCUUCGUCGCAGAGUGAAAUAUUCGAAGUUGAAGAUUAUAGAGAAAGGUCAAGCAUUUUCUACAGGUUUGGCGAUUUUUGUUAUGAACAGGUACGUCUCCUUGGCAAUAAUCUUGAGAUGGAAGAGAGACAGAAAAGGUUCAAGAAAGGCUCAGAGGAAUUGCAGGUACUUUAUGAUAUUGUCCAUGAUCUCAAGUCUUCGGAACGAGAGAGAAAAGAGGCUAGAAAGCAUUACAAUAGAUUAAAAUUGCAAGUGGAACAAGACAAAGAAAUCGUGAAUAAUCUUUCGAAACAAUUAAGCCUUUUCAUUUGGAACUCACUUCACUUUUAUUUAAAUGCUAUGGUUUACAGCAAUGAAAAGGAUGACGAUGUUUUGGAUAAAUUCUGUGGUUUAUGGUUUCAAUAUUCUUUCAAUGAAGAUGUAAAUUCGAGGUUAUAUCAAGAAAUUGGAUCAAUUCCCAGUUUCAAAUUCCUACCUUGGAUCAAUCAAAUGACUUCAAGACUCGGAAUGGAGAACACUUCUUUUCAAAAAACCCUUCAAUUAACAUUGAAAAGGGUGCUUUUCAAAUUGCCAUAUGAAUCACUGUACUCUCUCAUUAGUCUGAAACUUCACAAGCGAUUUGAUUCAGCAAAGGAUCCAUCUGUUUCUACUAGAGUGAGAACCGCCGAAAAGCUUUUAAGAGAAUUGGAAAACUAUGAUAACGGCAAAUAUAAUACCGAAUUUGUCACUCCCAUUGAAGAAUUCUGUGACAAAUGUGUCGACUUGGCGAGUUUACUUCCCCCAAAAAGAGCCUCUAAAAUUGACUUAGAAAAUCUUAAAAUUGGUAAUUAUUGGUUACGACAAUUGGGUAGCAAAAAUCUUCUUUUACCGACCAUGUCUUACACGAUUACAUGCUCUGCCGAUGGUCGCAAGCCGCGGCCUAUGAUUACGCGGGUUGAAGAGACAGUUGAGAUAUCUCCUUCUGGACUAUCUUUACCUAAGAUUGUCACUUUUCUCUUAUCUGAUGGCACCAGACACAAAGUUUUAAUGAAAGGAAGUAACGAUGAUUUACGUCAAGAUGCUAUCAUGGAACAGGUGUUCAAACAAGUUAACAAAAUUUUGAUUCGAAAUAAACAAACGAGAAGAUAUGGAUUACGAAUAAGAACGUACGAGGUGGUUCCACUGGGUCCGCAGGCAGGACUUAUUGAGUUUGUGUCCAACUCAACAUCAUUGCAUGAAAUUCUGUGCAAGCUUCACAAGGAUGAUAAUAUUUCGUUUGAGCAGGCUCGGAAAGCCAUGAAAUCGGUUCAAACGAAAAGCAAUGAGGAUAGGUUGAAGGAAUAUAGGAGAAUAACGAAAUCUAUUAAUCCUCAGUUCAGAAGAUUUUUUUUUGAGUCAUUCCCUGACCCCCAUCUGUGGCUUAACGCCAAAUUGACCUAUACUAAGGGUGUUGUUACUACUUCAAUUAUCGGAUACAUUUUGGGGCUCGGCGAUAGGCAUUUAAAUAACAUAUUAAUUGACAAGUCUACUGGAGAGCCGAUACAUAUUGACCUUGGGGUAGCUUUUGAUCAAGGAAGGUUAUUACCGAUUCCCGAACUUGUGCCAUUUAGAUUAACUCGCGAUAUGAUUGAUGGGUUUGGAGUAGUGGGAGUCGAGGGACCAUUUCGGAAAAAUGCUGAACGUGUUUAUAACGUCUUAAGAAAGGACUAUGAGAGAGUUAUGAGCGUUCUCAACGUGUUAAAAUGGGACCCGCUUUAUUCAUGGGUAGUGUCCCCUCUCAGAAAGAAGAAACUCCAGGCUCAUUUAGCUGAUGACAGCAAUGAUUCGGGUGUCAGUUACAAUAAAGAAUAUCAUACUGAGGAUAAUAAUGAAUCAAUCAGAGCACUCAAAGGAGUGCAGGAAAAGUUACUUGGUGGCGGUUUAAGCGUGGAGGCUAUAGUUCAAGAGCUCAUACAGCAGGCGACCGACGAAAAUAAUCUUGCAGUAAUUUAUAUGGGAUGGUCACCGUUUUAUUGA